AAUUUAUUGUUUAUUACAGAUCAAAAUGAAAAAAAGGAAGUCAAAAACGAAGAACAUCAGAUCGAUGGCGACCAGAACUAAAUACACACACGUCAGCUACCUCACUACGUUGCCAGAAGACAGCCCGUACUGUGCAACGUGCGACAUGCGCUUCUUAACCACCGAAGCGCUUCGGAAGCAUGUAUCCGUGUCUCCUUGCCACGGGCACCCGGCCGAGGAGCCGUUCAAGCCCGGCAAGCGAGCAAGACUUGACGAAAACGAUGCUGAAAGUACGAAGAAGAAAAGCGUCACGUGUGAGCAGCCAAAUAACAUUCACUACUGGGCAAAUGGCUCCUCCAAGAAAUUCCACCACGAUUGGUCCUGCGCUGCCCGCAUCCAGAUACUUCCCGCAACCUGA